AUGCAUGGACUUGCCCUCCUUACGGGCCUUGUUGGCAUUGCCAAUGCUGCUUGUCCAUACAUGACGGGCGAGGCUGGUUUGGUUCGUCGUGAUGAGGGAGAUGCCACUGCAGGCACCGAAGAAUUCCUGUCCAACUUCUACUUGAAGGACGAGGACGCUUUCAUGACUUCGGAUGUUGGCGGUCCAAUUGAAGAUCAGAACAGCUUGAAGGCUGGAGAGCGUGGUCCCACCCUUCUGGAAGACUUUAUCUUCCGCCAGAAGAUCCAACGGUUUGAUCAUGAACGAGUUCCCGAGCGCGCUGUUCAUGCCCGUGGUGCGGGUGCCCAUGGUGUUUUCACAUCCUACGGUGACUGGUCGAAUAUCACCGCUGCUUCCUUCCUCUCUGUGAAGGACAAAGAGACCCCCGUCUUCGUUCGCUUCUCAACCGUCGCUGGAAGUCGCGGAAGUGCCGAUACGGCUCGCGACGUGCACGGCUUUGCAACUCGCUUCUAUACUGAUGAAGGAAACUUUGAUAUCGUCGGCAACAACAUCCCCGUAUUCUUCAUCCAGGAUGCUAUCAAGUUCCCCGACUUGAUCCACGCAGUGAAGCCUCGAGGCGACAAUGAGAUCCCUCAAGCAGCGACUGCGCACGACUCUGCUUGGGACUUCUUCAGCCAGCAGCCCAGUACUCUGCAUACGCUUCUAUGGGCAAUGGCUGGCCACGGUAUUCCUCGAUCCUUCCGACACGUCGACGGUUUUGGUGUGCACACCUUCCGUCUGGUCACCGAAGAUGGUGAAUCCAAGCUGGUCAAGUUCCACUGGAAGGGCCUUCAGGGUAAGGCUAGCCUGGUGUGGGAGGAGGCACAGCAGGUGUCCGGUAAGAAUGGGGACUUUAUGCGUCAGGACCUGUUUGAUGCUAUCGAAGCCGGUCGAUAUCCAGAGUGGGAGCUCGGCGUUCAAAUCAUGGACGAAGAUGAUCAACUCCGCUUUGGAUUCGACCUUCUUGAUCCGACCAAGAUCGUUCCCGAGGAAUACGUGCCAGUCACCAAGCUGGGCAAGAUGCAGUUGAAUCGGAACCCAAUGAACUACUUUGCAGAGACUGAACAAGUCAUGUUCCAACCUGGUCACAUCGUUCGUGGUGUUGACUUCACCGAAGAUCCACUUCUCCAGGGUCGCCUCUUCUCCUAUCUGGACACUCAACUCAAUCGAAAUGGCGGCCCCAACUUCGAACAGAUUCCCAUCAAUCGUCCCCGCGUCCCCAUUCACAACAACAACCGCGAUGGAGCUGGCCAGAUGUUCAUCCCCCUCAACCCGAACGCCUACACACCCAACACGCUCAACAACGGUUCCCCGAAACAGGCCAAUCAAACCGUCGGCAACGGCUUCUUCACCGCGUCCAGCCGUACAACAAGCGGCAAGUUGCUUCGUGCCGUCAGCUCUACCUUCGAGGAUGUCUGGUCGCAGCCGCGCCUGUUCUGGAACUCGCUCGUGCCCGCGGAAAAGCAGUUCGUCGUGGACGCGAUGCGCUUCGAGAGUGCUAAUGUUAAGAGCACCAUCGUUCGUGACAACGUCAUCAUCCAGCUUAACCGCAUCAGCAAUGACCUUGCAAAGCGCGUCGCUGAGGCGAUCGGUGCUACAGUACCCGAGCCUGACCCGACUUACUAUCACGAUAACACAACGGCGAACAUCGGCGCCUUCGGACAGAGGCUGUUGAAGCUGGAUGGCCUGAAGGUGGGCAUUCUUGCCUCCGUUUCGAAUGCAUCGUCUAUCGCCCAAGGCGCCGAGCUUCAGAGCCAGCUUAAAGAAGUUGGCGUCGAUGUGUUUGUUGUCGGCGAGCGACUGGCCGAUGGUGUGAACCAGACGUAUUCGGCAACGGAUGCCAUCAACUUUGACGCCGUGAUCGUUGCAGAUGGCGCCGAGGGGCUGUUCGGCUCCAACUCCUUUACCGCAUUGCCCACGGCGAAGGCGUCGGGCGCUACCUCCUUGUACCCGGCUGGUCGGCCCUUGGAGAUUCUUGUCGAUGCAUUCCGCUUUGGCAAGCCCGUCGGUACUCUGGGCCAGGGUGUUCUUGCGCUGGAUGAUGCACAGAUCUCUGCUGACCGAGACGGCGUGUACGUCGCGGAUGCGAUUGAUGACGAUUUCGCCAACCAUGUGAAGGAUGGACUACUUACGUUCAAGUUCUUGGAUCGAUUUGCGCUGGAUGAGUAA